UCCUCGUCGUCGUCUUCCGCUCUCCUUCCCGACUCCUCGCGUGUUGUCUCCUCUUCCACCUCCUCUCAACUACUGCUCGCGAACCCUAGCCGUGACCCAAUCAGGAACCAGCCAUGGAGGCGGGGGCGUCGCCGCCCCGGUCGGUAUCCGUCGGCGGCGGCGGCGGCGGCUUCGGAGGGGCGCGCGGCGACGACAGCGCCUUCUCGUUCCUCUCCAAGGGGUGGCGCGAGGUGCGGGACUCCGCCACCGCCGACCUGCGCCUCAUGCGCGCGCGGGCCUACUCCCUCCGCACGCUCGCGGACCGCGAGCUCGAGCACCUCCUCGCGUCCGCCUCCACCGCGCUCGCCGCCGCGCCGCCGCUCGCCGCGGGGGCGCCCAUCGCCGAGCUCGAGUUCGUGCGCACCCGGAUCCAGCCCAAGAUCUCCGAGCUGCGGCGCCGGUACGCGUCGCGGGAGCGGGACCUCGGCCGCCGGGUGCUCGAGGGCUGGGCCCCGGGCGGGCCCGCCCGCGCCCGCGUCGACCUCUCCGGGAUCACCGCCAUCCGCAACGCCAUCGUCUCCGAGGCGGACGGCGGCGAGCGGUGGAGGCGCGCCGCGUGGAAGGGGGAGGCGGAGGAGGGGAAGGAGUGGGAGGUGGUCAGGAUGAUACGGGACGGCAUCAAGGAGUUUGAGCGUCGGAACCAAACCAGCGAGAUUUUCGAGGGGUUGCGCAGUACCGGCGAGCUCGUUGAGAAAUUCAAGUCCAGCCUGGUAAUUUUGCACAUUGAUUCCACUAAUUGUUCUAGUUAAUUGAGCAACACUAAGCGGCAUGUAUGUAUUGGGUGGAUUGCUCUAGAAAGUUUUAGAAUUGAGUUCAGUAGUACUUGGACCACACACUCCCUGAUUGGAAUAGGUUCUGUGGAACAAUCUGAACUAAGGGGAGGAAAAGUCAGGCACUAGUUGUUUCAUUUAUUUCUGUCAGGUGUAAGAAAUGGAUAGAUGUUAUGAUGACCAACAUGAAUGCAAUCUAAGGAGUGAGGGCCUGUUUGGGACGGCUUCGCCGGCUCCGGCUACCGUAGCAUACUGUAGCGGCACUGUAGCGCAAAGCUGGUGAAGCCGCAUUUUCCCAGCUCCACCGGCUCCUCCCCUCCCGCAGUUGACUGUAGCAUGGAGCCGGCGGUUUCAGCUCCGCGCUACAGCACUGAGCCAGAGUGCCUCGCGACGGAGCCAUCCCAAACACGCCUUGAGAUAAUGGAAACUGCAAAAUAAAUCAUUCAACAUGGAGUCUCAAGGAGCCAAGGAAAUCCCUCCACUGGAUCUAACUGAAAUACUGGCAAAUCUAGUAAGGCAGUCUGAACCAUUUUUGGAUCAACUUGGUGUACGAAGAGAUCAAUGUGACAGGCUAGUGGACGCAUUGUAUAGGAAACAAAAUCAUUCCCUUUCAGAAGACACAUCCUUGCUUGUAAAUGAUAACUCAUCAGAUGAACUUGACUUGAGAAUCGCCAGUGUGGUUCAAAGUACUGGUUAUCAUGCUGAUGAUUGUCUCUGGAGUGAACCUGCAAAGUAUGAGGUCUCAUCAGACAAUAAAAGACAUGUGGCUAUUGUCACCACAGCAAGCCUUCCUUGGAUGACAGGAACAGCAGUUAAUCCAUUGUUCCGUGCAGCAUAUCUUGCAAAAGGUACCAAACAAGAUGUGACUCUUGUAGUUCCUUGGCUCUGCAAAUCAGACCAAGAACUAGUAUACCCAAAUAGCAUGACCUUCAGUUCACCAGAAGAGCAGGAAACUUAUAUAAGGAACUGGCUAGAGGAAAGACUUGGCUUUGAAUCAAACUUCAAGAUAUCAUUCUAUCCUGGCAAGUUCUCAAAGGAGCGGCGUAGCAUCACUCCUGCUGGUGAUACGUCUCAGUUCAUUCCGUCAAGAGAAGCUGAUAUAGCAAUAUUGGAAGAACCAGAGCAUCUCAACUGGUAUCAUCAUGGGAAACGCUGGACUGACAAGUUCAACCAUGUUGUUGGUGUAAUUCAUACAAACUACCUGGAAUAUAUCAAGAGAGAGAAGAAUGGAGCUCUUCAAGCUUUUCUAGUUAAACACAUCAACAAUUGGGUGACCAGAGCAUACUGUGACAAGGUUUUGCGUCUUUCUGCAGCAACUCAAGAUUUACCGAAGUCUAUUGUCUGCAAUGUUCAUGGCGUAAACCCAAAGUUUCUGAAGAUUGGAGAGAAAAUUACUGCAGAUAGGGAGAGUGGUGAGCCGUCAUUUUCCAAGGGAGCAUAUUUUCUUGGGAAGAUGGUUUGGGCCAAGGGUUAUAGGGAACUGAUAGAUUUGAUGGCUAAACAUAAAAGUGACUUGGAAGGAUUCAAGUUAGAUGUAUAUGGAAGUGGUGAGGACUCGCAUAAAGUUCAGUCUACUGCCAGGAAGCUGGAUUUGAGUCUUAAUUUUUUCAAGGGAAGGGAUCAUGCUAAUAAUUCACUCCAUGGGUACAAGGUUUUCAUAAAUCCUAGCAUUAGUGAUGUCCUUUGCACAGCAACAGCAGAGGCUCUUGCAAUGGGGAAAAUUGUCAUUUGUGCAGAACAUCCAUCAAACGAGUUUUUCAUGUCAUUUCCAAACUGCUUGACAUACAAAACUUCGGAGGAAUUUGUCACCAGAGUGAAAGAAGCAAUGGAUAGAGAACCCCAACCUCUAACCCCAGAGCAAAGAUACAACCUAUCAUGGGAGGCAGCAACCGAAAGGUUUAUGGAGUACUCAGACCUUGACAAGGUUCUCAACGAUGAGGUUGUUCAGCCUGGACAAGCCAGAACUAGAAACAAAUCGAGAAGAACCUCACAGCCCAAUUUGUCCGACAUCAUGGAUGGUGGAUUGGCGUUUGCUCAUCGAUGCCUAACUGGUAGCGAGGUCCUGAGGUUGGCAACAGGUGCCAUUCCUGGCACUCGUGACUAUGAUAAGCAGCACUGUGUGGAUAUGGGCCUUUUGCCGCCUCAGGUCCAAAACCCUGUUUAUGGCUGGUGAUGACUGAUGAGUUAUGCAUAGGUAUAUAUAGAUAAUACACUACCUAGACUAACAUUUAGUGUUGUAAUUGUAGCGCCCAUGAUGAACUUUGGCCAUUAUUUGUACCGUCUGUUAUAAGGUUCUUUCUCCUUAAUUUGGAGGUGUAUUACAGAAAGUCAGUACAUAGUAAUCGAGUUCAUGACCCCA